CUUUGGUUUAUCUGUAUUCUGCAUUUUUAUUUUUAUGUUUUAUUAGUUUUAUUUUCUUAAGAGUAUUUUUUUAUUAUUAUUUCCUUAAUAACAUCGAUGUGCCCGAUGGGAAUUAACAGAAAAUUUAGCCUUUUUUAAUUUGAUUUUUAAUGUUUAUUAAUGUGUUAUAUGCCUUAAUUAAUAAAUAAAUAUAUGUUUUUAAUUUAUAAAAUAUGUACUUACACUGUGAUCAUAUUACAUUUAUGAAUAAUAAAUAAGCUAUAAUUGCAUUUAUAGUUUUUGUUCCACAUUAUGGUUCAUAAACUGAGUUUUUCAUCUGCUGAGGCCACUUUGUCUUGAAUAAUGCCCGGGGUGACAAAGGUGAUGCUUUGCAUAAUUUUCCAUAUUUUUGGGGGGCAUCAAUAAGAAUGCCAGUUACGCCUGUUGCAGUGCAUUGAAUCCGGCCCCACGACCACCCCCAGCCGGCGCAGCGACCACCCCCGCCACAGUUCAAGCCACCGGGCCUUGAACCUGACCCUUCAGGAGCAUCUAGGGCGAGCUUGUCACAUCGCAUUCCCGCUGGCGCAUUGUUGCACGCGGAGCCUUUGAGGCCAGAGAGAUAGAUAGAUGGAUAGAUAGUGUGGCCGGUGCGUCCAAUAAACCUCCCUCGACCCCCCCUCCCCGUCCUCGUCCCCUGCGGUGCUCCCGGUUUUGACAGAAAGGACAAAACCCGCGGAGGGAGCUAUGAAUGGCAAAGCACCAAGGAGGCCGAGGGAGAGCAAAAAGGAGGCGGCGUGUCUUUGUAGUCGGGGAAGGAAUGCGGAAAUGUCCUCGCGCCGUGUCAAACCUCUCUGAAGGGGGUCAGGCCACAUUCAGCCGGCGUGGGAAAGCCAGGCGGAGACGGAGCUCACGCGGCCGAGCGCGGCGGCAGCUCCAUAGGCCGGUCCGCGCGGACGCAUGCGAGGGGGGCAGCAGAGAAAGAAAGAAGGCGUAAUAUCGAAAGAGGUGCGUGGCUUUGGAGGAUUAUAACGCACUUUUUGCCUUUGUCCUAUGACACCCCCCCACUUAAAAAAAAAAAAACUUAUCACACACCCCCUUCCCUCCACCUCCACAAGUUAGUUUUGCACAACCCCUCUCCUCCUCCGCCGCCGCCUCCUCCUCCUCCCCCUUGUUUGAGAGGUUCUGCUGGGGCUGGUGCAGUCUGAGGGAUGGGGGGGCUAGAGCCUGCACCGUGAACUACCUGUGUGGCCCCCGCAUGGAAGACAGUGGGCAGGGAUGCGUUUGAUGGAGCAGUUUUUCCCCGAGCCUUGAACGCCUCCUCGCCGUUUUAUUCGAGCAUGCCGACGUUACGACAUUUCACUGACAACAUAAAACAAGGCAUGGCGCGUGCCAACUUUUUUCUGUGAAAAUGCCUUUGUGAAAAACUCAGGCUCGUCACCCUCGUCGGGAUUCCCCGCAAUAUUUUCAACAAGAGACGAGGAAAAGAAAAAAAAUCUGCAAAAAUGGACAAAGAAUGUAUUGGUACCCAGUAUGAGCCUGUGGCCGAGAUUGGAGAAGGAGCCUAUGGAAAAGUGUACAAGGCCAGGGAUUUGAAGAACGAGGGACGCUUUGUAGCCCUGAAAAGAGUUCGAGUCCAGACGGAGGAAGAGGGAAUGCCGCUCUCCACCAUCCGGGAGGUGGCGGUACUGAGGCAGCUGGAGGCUUUCGAGCACCCUAACGUCGUGAGGUUGUUUGAUGUGUGCACGGUGUCUCGUACAGACCGGGAAACCAAACUCACUCUGGUCUUUGAACACGUGGACCAGGACCUGACCACGUACCUGGAGAAGGCUCCUGAUCCCGGAGUUCCGCCCGAGACUAUCAAGGAUAUGAUGUACCAGCUGCUUCAGGGACUGGACUUCCUGCACUCGCACCGUGUGGUUCACCGUGACCUUAAGCCCCAAAACAUCCUGGUCACCAGCGGAGGACAGAUCAAGCUGGCGGACUUUGGGCUAGCUCGCAUCUACAGCUUCCAGAUGGCUCUGACGUCUGUGGUGGUGACUCUCUGGUACCGGGCCCCAGAAGUUCUGCUCCAGUCCAGUUAUGCUACACCGGUGGACCUGUGGAGCGUCGGCUGCAUCUUCGCAGAGAUGUUCAGGAGAAGGCCGCUAUUUCGAGGAAACUCAGAUGUUGAUCAGCUGGGAAAGAUUUUUGAUGUUGUUGGAGUGCCGUCAGCAGAAGACUGGCCCCAGGAAGUUGCUCUCCCUCAGAGUGCCUUCACCCCCCGGCCCCCCAAACCCAUAGAAGACCUGGUUCCAGACAUAGACGAGCAAGGACGAGCUCUAUUGAUGCAAUUUCUUGCGUUCAACCCCUCCAGGAGAAUAUCGGCCUUCACCGCCCUGAGUCACCCCUACUUUCAGAGCCUGGACAGCCACAGCAGAAGCGUGUACGCGGCACAGCCCAUCCCCAGCAACAGCCCCACCAUGGAAGAAAGAACAGCCUGAUCCUCCGCCUUUAGCUGUCCUGUACACUUUCUAUAAGAAGUGUUUUACCUUCCCCUUUGCUUAGUUGUUCUUACAACAUCAAAAAUGCAUGAAUUACGUCAGUUUGAUACUGAUAUUUAUAUAAAAGACUUCAAAUUGAAGACACAUCUUAAAAAAACAAAAAACAAGGAGUUAGAAAGUCUAGAGAGCUUUUACCUCUUUUAAACUAAAGAGGCUGUGAGGUCUGGAAACGUCUUCAUCCUCACUUUCUAAAGACCAAAUGUGAUUUUUUGAGGCCAGUUCUGACUGCAUCAGUGAUGAAUUGUGUCACACGAUAAGCCCUCCUCAAAUAUGAGACGGAGAACAGUAAUACUAAAUCCACCUGGUUCCCAUAAUUGCUAUUUUUUUAAGUUUAGAUUUGCAUGCGUUUGCGAUGCAAAGAGAGCUGGUGCACUAAAUGUGCAGUGGUUGUGUUAAACAACGUUUCCAUGUUUAAUCUGAUGGUUCUUGUUAAAGUGAGGACUGUCCUCCAGCUGAGGACGGCCCCCUCUUGCUUUGCUGUCAGUCAUUUUUGUGGUUUCAUUUCUGUUGAUCCUGAAAGCUUGACGUUUGGCGUUUUUGGUCACAAAUACAGCUGCCAUUGCGCGAUGGGGAGGCAGAAUCUAUAAGAUUUCAUACCGAUUUUUUUGAAAAAUCGUUGGCGUGGUCAUGAAUCUUGUAAGGCUACCGGGCGUCUGGCGGCACUUGAUAUGAAGAGUUUCUGCCAGCCGGUGAAUCCUGGGGCUACCUCCAAAUGUGCCCGUCGGCCACACACCAAUGCCACCUUUUAGAGAAAAAUCGUCCGGUCGCCAUCAAAUUUGGGCCAAGAUAAGCUAACGGAGAAGCUUUUCUGGCAGUUUUAUUCUACUUCGGGCUGUGUUCAAAAUUGUUGAAGCCAUUUUAUUUGUUAUGUUGAUUCAUUCUUCUAUUUGAUUCCUCUAAAAAUGCAGAGUAUUUAAAGUACAUGUGUUAUGGAACAAAAAUUGGGGUCUAAAAACCGCACAAAUGUCUUUUCCCUGAUCCGACAAUCACCUUUUUUUCGGUAAAGCUCAACUUCAUUUCCACAUUCUAAAUGAACAUAUGGAUUUGAGGGGCCAAUGCUUCUUAUGGUCAGUGUACAAAGCCUCAGAAAGUGACACAGCACCUCCUUCCCCCUGGAACCGUGCACAACUUUGUCCUAUCGUGAACUGAUGGUUCGCAUAUUGCUGCUUUUUAUUUUUAUUUUUUCCAACCUUGUGAAACUUAAACGGACAGCCAGAAAGCAUUGGCGAAAAAGUCGAGGUGCUGGAGCCGAAGCCAGGAGCGGCAGGUGGACGACGUCCUGCCUUUCCGCUCUCUGUGGGAGUGUGAAUAUGAACAAUGCAAGCACACUCACAGACACACGACCGUUGUUCGCCGCCACAGACAGAAGCAUGUGCUCAUGCACCCAUCAAGUUAUUCCAAUGACUCAAAAAGCCAGCUAGCUCCUCCAUGUUUCAUUUUCACCUUCAGUGAUGCUGCCACCGUGUGGACACCCAGAGUAACUGCAGACCAGCCAGUAGCAGGAUUCUAAUGGCUGCUGCAGAGUGCUGACACAGUGAUGAAACAGAUUAUCCUGCCACUUACUUUAAGACUUUUUCUUUCAUACUUGUAGUAUUUUAUUAUGAGCAUUUACUAGUGUGAAAUCCAGUUAUUUAAAUUUUACAGCCUUGAAAUAGGCGCCACCAGCAACAGAAAAACAUUUGGCAAAAUACUGAUACCAAUAUUCUGUAUUUAAUUUUAAUAUUAUUGACAAGUCUUAUAUACUUGUUACUUGAUUUUUUUUUUUUUUUUAAUAAUGAUGCUGAGGCAUACAGUAUUCAUCGAGAACACCAUCUAUAGAGGAUCAGAGGAGUUUGUGUAUGUAAGGAAUGUAUAGAGGUUAGGCUUUGGUACUGUACAAAGAUACCUGCUAGGUGACAUGAUAGAUAACUUGAUAUGUGCAUUGUCAAAUAAUAAAUGUAGAGUAGUGAGUGUUUUGCCUUUUGCAAAUGUUUGGGUGGAUAAAGGAUUUCUAUUCGUAUGGAUUGAGCGCAGCAAACAGGUAUUUCUCCAUGUGCUGUUGUGUUGGUGUUAGCAAGGAAAAAGCAAGUUAUGCAGAGUUGUAUUUUUGUAUGUUCUAGUUCUUGUACAACAGUAACGUUUUAACACUGGUUUAUGUUUCCUGAGCAGGUAGUGCUGACGACACACUCACACACACAUACAGAUUCAUUCUCAGGUUUUAUUUGAUUUUUUUUUUUUGGUAUUUUUCUGGACGUCCAAACCUCUCGGGCACAGUUUGCACAUUUCUGGGCUACUAAACGACCACAGUUCAACUUCUUCAGGUUUUUUUUUUCUCUUUUAAGCUGUUUCACAACGGUGUUUUUGGAUCACAGUCUACUGUCUUUACUAUUUAUCAGAUGUAUGUUACUGUAGUAUUUACAGUUUGUCUGCAGAGACUCUUUAAUGCUGAACACAACGGAUCACGUGUAACCUACUAUCUGCUCUUCUUCACACUUUGUUUGAUUACAAUAACUCUGGUGUAAGUGAAAGCUACAAGUACCUUAGAAAUUAUGGUUUACAGUUGAAAUAAUGACUGCGUUUGUCCGAUUUCCGUGAAUGCAAUCACUCUAUUCUUUCAAGAAUUGUUACACAUUUCAGUCUCAUAACAGCUCUGAGUUAUGUCAGUGUUUUGGCUUCACUCAUAUCACUCCGAUUGACAGACUUUUGUAUGGAUGUCUUAUUACUCUGUUGCACCGGCUGAAUAAAAAAAGCAGCUUUUUAUAAAUUAUGUGACUUCAA